CAUUUGUCAGUACUGUCAGUUCGGCUGACUUGACGGCUUGUUGAGAUUCUUUUUCUCUUCAAUUUUGAGAAGUCAAACGUGCUUGUUCUCUCAGAGCUAAGGCCUUUCGGCGACUUGCACGUAUUUUUAAUAAAAAUGGCAUCAAAGGCUGAAUUAGCUUGCGUUUACUCCGCUCUCAUCCUUGUUGAUGACGAUGUAGCGGUGACUGGUGAGAAAAUCUCGACCAUCCUGAAGGCGGCUGCCGUUGACGUCGAGCCGUACUGGCCCGGUCUGUUCGCUAAAGCCCUGGAGGGUGUGAACGUGAGGGAGCUCAUCACUAACAUCGGAUCCGGCGUGGGAGCAGCGCCGGCUGCUGGCGCGGCGCCUGCUGCAGCUGCCGCUGCCCCUGCCGCUGAGGCCGCCAAGGAAGAAAAGAAAGAAGAAGAACCCGAGGAGUCUGAUGAUGACAUGGGUUUCGGUCUCUUCGACUAAAAGCUGUGUUGCUGAUUCCAGUUGUAAGCUUUAUGAAGCUUGUCUAGGGUUAAGAAUAUGACUUUAUUAUAAAAGUUAUAAAAACA